GCAGGAGCGGCGGCAGUUAGGAAGCCAACCUUUAGUCGAUAAAACGUCGCGAUCGUAUUCACAUCGUUUCACUCUGGUAGUGGGUAGUGCCAUCCUAGUAACGAUUUACAUCGUUGCGAAUUGAAUCGAAUCAAGUAUUUCGCAUCGAACCAGGAACAGAACAAGCAUCGUGAUCGUGAGACUGGUACGAAGCUGCCGGGUACCGUUUUUGUGUUGCGCUUUUAUGUGUGUUUGUUGGUGCGACACGCCUGCUUUGUGUUUUCGUAAACCCGGCCUUUGCGCUCUCGGGCGGAUUGGUUUUUGACAGUCGCGGGAGGAUUGGUUUUUUGUAGGGCGCUGGGCUAAAAAUUGAGUGGCCGUGGGACGGAAGUUCACCGCUUCAUUGGAAAAUAGAUGCAUUUCGUGUCCGGCGAGACAGUGGAUCAGCUUAGUCAUCUAAAAUUCUGCGGUUUAAUUAGGGAAGAUUUCCAACGUGAGAUUUUUGUUGUUUCCUGUCGGAAGUUUUGCAGUGUACUUCAAAGGUUGCAAUCGGAGUGACGCAAGGAGAAAUUUCCUAUUUUUUUAUUUGGGCGAAUGUGCAUAAGAGUAAAUUAGAGUGCAAUACGUUACAGUUAAAAUUCAAAGGUUGUGCUAAUAACAAAAACGUGUUGUCGACGCGUUUCACGUUCGUGUCCGGAGAGUGUAAGUGUAGCCUUGAUCAACAACUGAGAGUGAGGUAUUUGGUUUAUAAAUAGUUUAUCGUUUGGUCGAAGAUUGUCAUAGAAAUCUCAAAGUGAGUGAUUGGUAAAUUACAAUCCGCUGGCAAGAUAAUAGUAAAACAAAGCUAACAAUCAGAAAUCAGAGCGCCUGGUUUGGUUCACAAGAAAGACCUGCACACUGACGAAUCUAUUCAUCAACUCAAAGUGAUCCUACCGCAUGGAAGCCGAGGUACUCUGAAAGUUCCAGCGACCCACAAUGACGAAACUGUUCGAGGAAAUUCGAAACGAUGGGCAGCAUGGUGCGGGCGAUGGCGCCGAUAUGGCCUGGACCAAGCUGUUGUCGGAUCAGAACACACCGAGUCCGGUGAUCGCUAAAGCGCAAGACGUCACGAGAGACAUCAUCGUAACCAUUGAUCCGGAAACGGGCAAGGAGAUCGUAACGCAACCGGCGGACGGUGCUACCGGGCGUCGCCGGGAAUCCAUCAUCGGUACAUUCCACCGGCAGCUGCGCAUGUCACUGAAGGCGGUCAGCGAGGGUCCCGGACCAUUGACAAGAUAUCGCCAAACUCGGUUCUCGUCACGCCGUAUUCGCAAGCGAGUGAUCUUCAAACAAGGAGACUGCAACGUAGUUCAAGGCAAUGUUGCUAAACGAAGGCGCCGUUAUUUGCAGGAUAUUUUCACCACACUGGUCGACAUUCAGUGGCGUUGGACGCUGUUGGUAUUUGCUCUCAGCUUCAUCCUAUCGUGGCUGGGAUUCGGUACGAUUUGGUAUCUGAUCGGGUACAGCCACGGCGAUGUCGCUGCCUAUGCCAUUGGAGAUUCCCAACACCAUCCGUGUGUGACCUCAAUCUAUGGAUUCACUUCUGCAUUCCUGUUCUCGUUGGAAACUCAAUCCACCAUCGGUUACGGGAAUCGAUACGUAACGGAGGAAUGCCCGGAAGCGGUGUUCAUCGUGGCACUGCAAAGCAUAACCGGUGUAUUUAUACAAGCAUUUAUGGUGGGAAUUGUAUUCGCGAAACUUUCCCGCCCGAAAAAGCGAGCCCAGACGUUGCUAUUUUCACGUAAUGCCGUCAUCUGCCACCGGGACGGGGUACCGUGUUUGAUGUUCCGAGUGGGUGAUAUGCGCAAGAGUCACAUCAUCGAGGCGCACGUGACGGCGCAAAUCAUCCGAAGGAAGAUCACCAAGGAAGGAGAGUUACUGCCAUUUUUCCAGCAAAAUUUAGAGGUUAGCUGCGACGGCGGAGACGACCGGCUUAUGUUUAUAUGGCCGUCGAUUGUCGUGCAUAAAAUCGACAAAAGUAGUCCACUGUACAAUCUUUCCGCGCAGGAUGUACUCCGGGAACGGUUUGAAAUUGUCGUAAUGCUUGAGGGAGUAGUCGAAUCGACUGGAAUGACAACUCAGGCUCGAAGCAGUUACUUACCAUCGGAAAUUCUGUGGGGUCAUCGUUUCGAGUCGGUGGUUACAUUCAAACGAGAUACCGGAGAAUAUGAGGUUGAUUACACGAUGUUCAACAAUACCUACGAGGUGGAUACGCCACUGUGCAGUGCCCGGCAGUUGAGUAUCGUUAAGAAAGAACUCAAAAAGCAGAAUGGUGUAGCACCCAGUUCAUCGAGUGACGAAUCGGACACUUCGUCCUCUUCGGAUAACGGAUCGGCGACGGCACGAUCUUCCAACAAGCCGCCGCCGCAGUCGAAGCGGCAAAACGGUUUUUUGCAUUUGAAUUUGAACGCUACCCAACACCUGCAAACGGUUGUUCCGGAAGUUAAUGGUGGCGGUGGUGUUGGCGGCGGUGGCGGCCCUGGAGGAGCUUCUCUUGAUAUUGGUGAGCUCACGGGUGUUGUUACCGUUAUCUCCGAGGGGUCUCCUUCGACGGCACAGAAGCAACGGAACUCCCGCAUGCUUUCCGUCAAGGAACCAUCCAUGGACUCGCUGUGCUGAUUAGGAAGGGGUGUCCGCGUGAGAGUCACAGUAGGCUGUAUAUUUUCUGCUGUCGAUGUUUUACGAUUUAUUAACCAAUCAAAGUGUGCUGUGAGCCGGGCUGGAGAAGUGGAUCGACGUCGAAAACGGAGUAGAAUAGAAACUUCCUGCGGAUGCUACCGAGUGGAACCAUUCUAGCUUUUUUUUAUGUGCGAACCAGAUUCGGAAAUCCAGUGAGCGGCGCCGUGUGCUGGG